UAGCAUACGUAUUUGCUUAUUAGGUGCGUUGGAACAUAGGUAGUGCCGCUGUUCGCCUCUUCAAGUACAGGUAUCUGUAUGAUGUUUUCAUCAGGUCUCAGCUGCAAUCUAUCCUUCCCCAGUUGCCUGGGCCAUUCGCAGGACAACGAAGAAUUGUUACCAAAAAUGGCCAGAGAGCCAAUAAUUCUUAAUGUUUACGAUAUGUAUUGGAUAAAUGAGUACACUACACCGAUUGGAUUGGGUGUAUUUCAUUCAGGAGUUGAAAUUUAUGGAACAGAAUACGCGUAUGGAGGGCAUUCAAAACCGAUCUCUGGAAUUUUUGAGAUAACACCAAGAGUUGCCGAGGAGUUAGGGGAGCAGUUUAGGUAUAGGCAAUCAGUACACAUUGGAUAUACAGAUUUCACGGAAGAAGAUGUAUGCAGAAUUGUUGCCGAAUUAGGAAAAGAUUUUAGGGGCGAUCGUUACCAUUUAAUGAACAAGAAUUGCAACCAUUUUAGUAGUCAACUUACCAUGAUUUUAUGUGGUCAAGAAAUCCCAGGGUGGGUAAAUCGCCUCGCGUAUUUCAGUUCUUGUGUACCAUUCCUUCAACGUUGCCUACCGAAAGAGUGGUUGACACCUGACGCGCUGCAAUACUCGUUGAUUCAAGCCAGUCACGAAAGUACACCAACAGAAAGUACGUCUUCCGACACUUCAUUGUAACAUUCGGCCAAUCUGACGAAACGGGGAGAGUACGAAUGUGAAUACGGACGGAGUUACGGAUUAGAUUGUCGUAGGAGAUACACCUUUUAGAGAGUUUACGCGCAAAGGAAGUUUAUCAUGACAUUAAACUACGUAUAUCGCCAGGAUCGCGAGGAAUCCGAGAAACAAAACCGUCAAAACGAGGUACAAAUUUAAAUAAAUUGUACUCCCGAAUUCCAUUGGUGAUUUAAUCAUACUGGAAAAAUGCCUUUCUUGCAACGUGUCGUUUCCUCAAUUUUGGACGGCAGUAUAAAAUGUCGUGAGUUCUCUAUUGUAUUACGCAGUUAAAAUCGACGAGUAAAUACGUAAAUUAAAAUAGAAGAUAAUUUCGUAUAAAUCAAAGGUGUGAAGAGACUGGAAUGUAAUUUAUUUAGCGGUCACAAAAAAAUAUCUUUGUAAGGAUUUAUUUACCUAUAAUCAUUUCCGUUUUCGAUUGUAUUCGCGGGAAUUAGUAUUUAUAUUUAAAUUAUUCACGAUAUUCAUUCAAUCUCGAUUUUCAAUGCGUUCGUUAAAGCUGGUUAGCUUAAAGAUUAUCAUUUAUACUUUAUAUACACAUGCGACACCUCUCUGUACAGCUGCCAUUAAUACCCUUAGGAAGUUUAAAUGAAGAAUGAAUUAAUAUUGACGUGAUAAAUAAUCCAGUUAUAAUUUAAUAAAUAUAUGUUUUCGCUAGCACAUCUCUGAAAAGGGCGUGAAACAUAUUUAUAAUUUUGUAAGUAAAAUACCGAAUCAACGAUCUGCACCGCAUGGAUAUAACAUUCCGCAGAGGUGCUUCAGAAUUUUGCACGAUAUAGAAUUACAUAUAAAACUAUAUAUUAUAAUUUUAAAGCUUUCGGCUUCUGAUCAUUUCAAAGCUUAGAGAGAAUUCUAAGAGUUCUUUUCAAAUAUUCAUGGUAUACAAAAUAUUACUAAUGUUACUAAAACUGUUGUUGACAUCAAGUUUAUAAUGUUACAUGUUAAAAGAAAAAGAAUUCAUAAAUUUGAAUAAUAUAUGAAUAGAUAAAAAAAAUUCAUAUUUCUAUAUUUCAUAUUUCUGUUUCAUAUUUCUAAAAAGUAACGCGAGAAUUAGUGCCAAUUUUAAUGUUCUGUUAAUUCGGGGUCUCGGUGAAAAUAAUAUCAGGAACUCUCUCUUACGCAUGUUACAUAAAACUCAAACGUUCAUACGUUACCACUCAAAUAUAUUAUGUUAAACGUUCACAUGUGAAUAACUUUUAUUGAACGUGAAUAAUGGAUUAUUUGUAAAAACGUUUGAUAUAACAGUUUUGUUAUCGUACUAUAAAGUCCCAACAGAAGUUUAUAUUGUCGAUAUUGUUUAAUCUAAAUCUGAACUUGUGUUUUUAAAUGGCAUGUUCCCGAGGAUUUCGCGGGGAAGAGAUGUUAGAAUUAAUUGGUCGUCGGUCAAUCUGAUAGAACAAAGUAUACAUUGUUUUAUACUCCUUACUUGACAAUUGUAAUUAUACUUAUUUAUGGGAAAAUGAGUAUAGCGUAAUGAAAUAAUAAAGUAUACAAAGCACAAUAUACAGUAUAAGUACAAAUGCUUGCGUAUCUUUUUUAUGAACGAUACUCAGUUUGUUGUUUCGUCUUAUUGUUAAUGAUUUCUUUUUAAAUAAUAAAUAUUCUACCAGCUAG